AUGAGUAGCAGAACCAGCACGAACAACAGAACCAGCAGAACCAGAACCAGCAGGAUCAGGAGAACCGGAACCAGCAGGAUCAGCAGUACCAGCAGGAACAGCAGAACUAGCAGAACCAGCAGGAGCAGCAGAACCAAACCAGCAGGAGCAGCAGAACCAGAACCAGCAGAAUCAGAACCAGCAGGAGCAGCAGAACCAGCAGCAGAACCAGAACCAGCAGGAGCAGCAGAACCAGCAGGAACAGCAGAACCAGUAGGAGCAGCAGAACCAGAACCAGCAGGAGCAGCAGAACCAGAACCAGCAGGAGCAGCAGAACCAGCAGGAACAGCAGAACCAGUAGGAGCAGCAGAGCCAGCAGAACCAGAACCAGCAGGAGCAGCAGAACCAAACCAGCAGGAGCAGCAGAACCAAAACCAGCAGGAUCAGCAGAGCCAGCAGGGCAGCAGAACCAGCAGAAACCAGAACCAGCAGGAGCAGCAGAAACCAGAACCAGCAGAGCCAGCAGGAGCAGCGGAACCAGAACCAGCAGGAGCAGGCAAGGGGGCAGCAUGGAACAGCAGGAGCCAACAGGAUCAGCAGAACCAGCAGGAGCAGCAGAACCAGCAGGAGCAGCAGCAGAGAGCAGCAGAACCAGCAGGAGCUGCAGAACCAGAACCAGCAGGAGCAGCAGAACCAGCAGAAGCAGCGGAACCAGCAGAAGCAGCAAAACUAGCAGGAGCAGCAGAGCCAGCAGGAGCAGGGCAGCCCAAGACUGGCGGCGAGCGGUCGGCAGGGCUGAGAGCUGGUGGCGGAGUCAGUCGGUCGCUGGCAGCCGCGGUGAAGGUAGCAGCCUCUGUACGCGCCGCCUUUUCCCCUCGCUCUCGCGUGUUCCCCUCUGAGCCUCGGGUCCUCGCCUCCGCCUCCUUCCCUCUCGCCGCUCCUGCUUCGGAGCCUUCAGGAGUCCCCGGCCUCUGCUCUGGAAAAGACAAACAGCCGAGUCGUUGCAAAGAUCAUGGAUGCAAUAUCACUCGCACGCAGGAAAUAAGUGCUGUUCCCGCGAUACAAUUUCCAGCUCGGAGGCAAGACCCGCGUAAGCAAUGUGAUCAGACGAAAGGGAAAGUGAGAAGCCGGGAGGUGCAAGCCAUUCAGGAGUGCGUGGAGGCUGAAUCUACGCCCGCAUCAUCAUCUCUAAACGUUGCGGGCGGCGGGAGAUGUGCUCACCUGGAAAACCCGAGCGUUCGAAGCUUCGAAGCUCUUGAGGUCCGUGUUCUGGAGCUCUAA